AUGGGCGAAGAUAUAAUGCAACAUGGGCCAAAGUCGAAUGUAUUCCAUGCCGGCACACCCCAAGAUAUCGUUAGUCAUCCCCGGAAUUUGGAUUCGAAGCCAGAAAUGGUUGUGUGUGGCGGUAAUGCUACAACGGUAAUUUCUUCAGUAGCAGCAACAGCAGCAGCACUUGCGAACAAUUCUAUUGAAAUUGGCAAUUCGUCUUCUUCAUCGAGCGCUACUGGCUCCCCAGUUAAUGAUGAUUGUGGACAUCGAAAUUAUGUUUCAAGCUCUUCGUUGGCAUGCAAAGAUACCAAAAGUAAACCUGAAGGCAUGAACGAAUGGGAUUGGACUAGUAUGUCGGAAAAUAAUUUCGCUGAACUUUGUGUUUUUCAUGUACCUGAUAAGCCAUUGGAACAUCAGGAUCCAAACAAUCGCGCCGCAACAUCAUUACCAUUGAACUUGACCAUUCGAUCAUCGCAUGAAGUGCCUAAAGUGAUGGGUGUCUGGAGCAUGGAUUACAUUCCACGUGGUGCACGUUUUGGACCUCUGGUCGGUGAGCACAAGAAACCGGAUAUUACGGAAGCUACGGUAAGCCCAGCAGAAGCUAGUGGUGCUGGUGGUUCAUGCCACUCCCAUUGUGGUGGUGCUUCAAGCUCCACCCUUGGAAAUGAGCUACCUUGGGAACCCAUCUGGAAAAUAUUCAGCAAUAGUGGUAGUAUACUGAUUCGAUUGCUGGAUGUAAGUGAAAAUCGCAAAAGUAAUUGGAUGAAAUUUGUCAACCGAGCACGAACCAAGGAGUCGCAAAAUUUAGUCGCUUGUCAGGUAGAAAGUGAAAUUUUUUUCUAUUCCGUGAAACCAAUUAAGCCGAACACGGAAUUGCUGUAUUGGUAUAGUCAGGAUUACGCGCAACGUAUCAAUUUUCCGACAUUCUGCGACUAUUGGAAAGUUCCCUCGUCAAAAGUCGUGAAAUAUGUUGAAACAGCAAGUGCUCCGGGAUCAAGCCGGAAUGCUGACAACAAGCCAAAUCGAAAUGUUGAUAAUAGACAACAACAACAACAACAACAACAACAACAACAACAACAACAACAACAACAACAACAACAACACAACAACAACAACAACAACCACAACAACAACAACAACAACAACAACAACAACAACAACAACUAA